UUGAUUAUGAACAAUCCACCAACCUCAAGUUUAUUAAGAUGCCAAGGAAAAUUAAAGAGCAUGCUGUUCGGGAUUUACUUGCUUACAGUCCUCUUUAUCGGGUACCAGAGCAAUACCUACUAUAGAAAGAUAAAUAUUACUGUUCCGGUGACAGACCGUAUUACCCUACCACCUCCUUUAUACCCUUAUCUCAUAGAAGAAAGGACAAAAUGUAUGAGAGCUCCUCCAUUUCUGUUGUUACUUAUCCCAUCGCCGCCCCAGGAUUCCUCCGUCAGAGACGCCUUAAGGAAGACCUGGGCCAACGAGAGCUUAGUCGCCGGCAUAUCGACCAUGAGGCUUUUCCUUUUGGGACGUACGUUGGACAAAAGCGCUCAAGAGAAGGUGGAGAGAGAGAGUGAAAUCCACCACGAUAUCGUUCAGCAGGACUUCGUCGACUCCUAUGGCAAUUUGACGCUCAAGACGUUGAUGGGCUUCGAGUGGGUUUAUCGCCUUUGUCCAAACGUCAGCUACGUCAUGAAGGUCGACAGCGACAUGUUCCUCAAUCCUUGGUUCCUGGUACGGCGUAUUUUAGAGCCAGAGAAACCCGUCAAGGUGAGAUUUUUCACAGGGUUGGUGCUGGUGGGAAGCACACCAUUCAGGGACAAACAAAGCAAAUGGUACAUCCCACCUUCGGUCUACCCCAAAAACUAUUACCCGCCAUACUGUUCUGGCACAGGCUACGUGUUCUCUGGAGAUAUAGCAGCAAGCGUAUACAAGAGCAUAAGGACCGUACCAAUAUUCCCAUUAGAGGACGUCUUUGUUGGGAUGUGUUUGGAGGCGAGCGGGAUAAAGAUCUCCAGGACGUCGGGGAAUCUUUUUACAUUAGAGAGGUUAGAUUAUAACAGGUGUAAGUUUGCCAGGAUGGUUACAGUUCACCAUUACAAGCCAAACGACUUACUGAGUCUCUGGCCGGACUUCGUAGAUGCUGUGAAGAGCUGCUCCUGAUCCGCGGAGGUUCUACUCGCAAAGCUUUGUGGCCUCCCGGUAAACGUCGGCAUCUUUUGGUUAAAUAAAAUUUAAAAAAAAGGUUAACUCUUUCGGAAGAAAUGCGUUUGUAAUGGUAGGCUCGUCAUGUACACACUCUACUUAGAAGGCAUUAAAGGAACAGGCU